AUAGAAAGCACUGAACAAAUUGAAAAACACAAGAAGAAAAGAAACAAAUUUCACGCCAAACCCUUUCUUCUUUAGCAGAUCCUUUCUUCUCCAUACCCUCUCCUAUCAUGACUGAGUUAUCCACCAAAUCUCCGCAGUGCUUGAGCUCUCCACGAAACCUUUUUUUCUGCAAACUUUGUCACGUCUAAGUUCUGAUUUCAACAAUUGCCUCAAAUCUUGUCCAAUUCAUGUCCACAUACCUUCGAGUUCAACAAUUGCCCUAAUCCCUUUGAUUUUGACACUCAAUUGCUGCUUCUAAUCCCUAAUCUAACAUUCCGCCUCUAAUCGAGAGACCGCGACGAACCAUAAUCUCACGAUUCAACUUUCAAUCAUAGCAUCGUAAUUUAGCAUCAGAAGCCAGUUCAUUCUGUCCUCGGGAAAGCGUAUGAAACUCCCUCUCUCUCUCUCUCUCAAUACUGUUUUCAUGUUUGUUUUGGUAGAGAUCUGUGAAAAAAGUGAUAUUUUGAAUGCUACAUCUUGAUUUCUUAUAUAUUACAUAUAAAUGAGGUUAAGAUCUUUGAAGACAUUUAUGUACGGUGUUCUGCAGUCUUGGUCCAAUUGUUUUUGUGUUUGGGGUUGUGAGACUAAGGUGGGUUUGUACUGCUGUUUUCGUGAGCUGUUAUGUUAGUAAAGGGGUGUCCCUUGUUCUUUUUGUUUUGUUUUUUCCUUGCUCAUGUAAUUCUCUCAUGAGUGUGUCUUAUGCUCAUGAUUAUUCAAUAGAAUUGUAAUUUUAAAAAAUUAUGUAUGAGAUUGAAUUGAAGAUCUUUUGGUGUUCAAUAUUUACCACUGUUGAAUCUAAAAGAGCUUUUGUUUGUGGUCAUUUAUUUCUAGCUAGUUAGUCCAUUGAAUUGUAUGGUAUCUAUGAAUCAUUGUCAAUUUGUUCUAGUGUUGUUUUUGUUAGAUAGUUCAUUGAAUCAUAUCUAUGAAUCAUCAUUUUUGUAAGAUGUGUCUAAACUGGAUAAUUUGUGGGAUGGUAUGAUUCUUACUUUAAAUAAGUCCCUAAUAGUGAAUGAUAGGAUCAAUAUUGUUCAGAUUAGUCAGUAAUGUGAGGAUACAGAAAUUUCAAAAAUAAAAAUAAAAUAUAUUGUACUGAACUGACUUAUAAUUACUAUGCCUUCACUACUUUAAUUUUUAUUAGUAUUUUCCAAUCUUCUUUACUAGCUACUAUCUUGUUUUAUAUCACAUAUUUAGCAAUGGGCCGGGUGCUUUUGUUUAUCCAAAAAUGGUUCACUUAUGGUACAUUGCUACUUAUUUAGAUUGCCAAAAAUGGUUCACUUUAUAUUGUGUAUAGCUGUAUGCCUGUAUGACAUCACAUAUAUUUAGAUUGCCAAAAAAAAGGUUAAGUAGUAGAGUGUAUAGCUUAAAUGAUUACUAUCAAUUACAGUAUAAGUAGAGUGUAUUAACAAAGAGGCAGGUUGGGAGAAUUAAAUAUAACUUGUGCUUCUGAGAUUAAACAAACAAAUUGGCAUUACAAACACUCACUCUCACACAUAUAAUCUCUCUCUCUCUCUCUCUCUCUCUCUCUCUCUCUCUCUCUCUCUCUCUCUCUCAGACUCAGUUACUGCUACAAUUUAGUUUCAACACCAGACAUCCUCCGCCUGUUCAUUUCCUUGAUGUUUGCUGAUUUAAGAUGUUCUCCAUGGCACCGUAUCACUUUGUCCUCCCGAUUGUUUUCCAUACAAAUGAACACUGGGUAUCAUGUCCAAAAGUAUACAACAGGGUGAUACACCGCAUGAAAAGCGACCAAAGCUGGGUAGUAAUGCAGUAGAGGUGAAAGGGAAGGCCGUAGAGGUGAAAGGGAAAGACAAGAUGUCAAAAACUAUUGAUGCUGCAGAGUCGGCAAAUCCUGAUGAGUUUAACUUGCUUAAUUUGACUGAAAUGAGAAAGUGUUUAACAUUGGUAAGAGCAACACGAAUGAAAGCAAACAGGAUGCAUGAAGAGUUAUUUUUGGAUUUCCUAAACCUGGGAAGAAAAGGAUUGCAGAGCUCUUUGAUAGUGUCAAAGAUUCCUUCCAUUUCUCAUAAUCGUAAAUUCCUAAGGGUAAUAAUAAUCACUAGAGUUGAAUGGAAGGAGUUUGCAAUGGCGUACAAUUAUUAGAUGACCGACACACCCAACAUAGAUUUGUAUAUUUAUUUAUAAUUUAUAAUAGGGAAAACCUAGGAGUGGAAAUUCUUGUUUCCUUUGUUUUAGGCAGAGACUAUAGCUCAAUAGAUAGUUGGUCAUAUUGAUUUAGUAAUAUUAUCAUUUAAAUGUGAUUUGAUCCUUUAGUUGGGAGUGAAUCUUCUUUAUUUGCAGGCAGGCGAAAUUACCGUGGUUCAGGUUCCGCGUCAACUGAAUGGGUGCAAAGACAUGAAAUUGAAGAACUGAAAAUUGAAAGGGAAGAAAUGAGAAGGGAAAAUGAUGAACUUCGUGAUAUGGUAAAACAAUUGAUGGAAAGCUUAAACUUUCGGCCGAAGCCAUAUACUAGAGAUGAAGUUCAUGAAGAUAUUGCGGCUAAUAGUAACGAUGAUGCGACUGAUGAUAAUGAUGAUGACAUGUCUGAUGAUGGUGAAGAAUGAUGAUAAUUAUGAUGUGUUUGAUGAUGGUGAAGAAUUAUGAUCAAGAACAAAGUAUGACAAGUGUGAUUUAUUAUAUAUUGUUUUCUUAGUUAGGAUAUUGACUUUUUUUUAUGCAAGAAUUGAACGGGAUUUAUUCCCCUUUUUGUAUGUGAAGAUCAAUUCACUUAUAUACUUGCAAGUGUAGGUAGUAGUGAUAACUUGGUCUUGGUUAGGUUAUGCUUUGGAUUUAUUACUUAUUUUUGGAUAA